AUAUAUAAGUUUUUGCAUACUGUUCCUCUUUCCAAAACAAUAGUCAAUACAUAUCCUUCGUUUUCCAGCACUUUGAGAGAACCGAAAGAUAAGGGGAAAAAUGUCUUCCACUGGUCCUGAACUUGAUAAGCCUCAUGCAGUUUGCAUACCAUACCCUGCCCAAGGCCACGUUAGUGCAAUGUUAAAAUUAGCCAAAAUCCUCAGUCACAAAGGUUUUCACAUCACUUUUGUCUACACUGAAUACAAUCAUAGGCGUCUUCUUAAGUCUCGUGGCCCUGAUUCCCUCAAAGGCUUGCCAUAUUUUCGAUUCGAGACCAUUCCUGAUGGUCUCCCACCAUGUGAUGCUGAUUCAACUCAAGAUAUUCCUCCUCUGUGUGAAUCCACCACCACUACUUGUUUAGGUCCUUUCAAGGAAUUGCUAACGAAGCUCAACGACACUUGUUCAUCUAACGUGCCACCUGUCUCGUGCAUAUUCUCCGAUGGAUGUAUGAGCUUCAUUCUAGAUGCUGCUCAAGAUUUGGGCAUUCCUCCAGUUUUCUUUUGGACCUACGCUGCUUGUGGGACUUUAGGCUACAUGCAUUACUGCAACCUUGUCGAUAAAGGAUACAUUCCACUUAAAGAUGAAAGUUGCUUGACAAAUGGUUACUUAGAGACGACUUUGGAUUGGAUACCAGGCAUGAAAGAUGUACGUUUAAGGGAUCUUCCAAGUUUCCUUAGGACUGCAAAUCCAGACGAUUACAUGAUUAAAUUUACCUUACAAGAAGCAGAGAGAUCGAAACAAUAUGCUUCCGCUAUUGUUGUCAAUACAUUUGAGGCAUUAGAGAAGGAAGUUCUUGAAUCACUUCAAACACUUGUUCCUCCUGUGUACGUAAUUGGACCUUUGCAUUUGCUUCUGAAACAUGUUGACGACGAGAAUUUGAUGGAUUUGGGAUCCAAUCUUUGGAAAGAAGAACCAAAGUGUCUUGAAUGGUUGGAUUCUAAGAAACCAAAUUCUGUUGUUUAUGUUAAUUUCGGAAGCAUUACUGUUAUGACUCUCAACCAUCUUAUCGAAUUUGCCUGGGGACUUGCCAAUAGUCAGCUGGAUUUUUUGUGGAUUAUAAGGCCUGAUAUUGUAUUAGGAGAACAAGCGGUUCUUCCACCCGAAUUCAUGGAGGAAACUAAAGAAAGAGGGAGGCUAGUAAGUUGGUGCCAACAAGAACAAGUCCUUAACCACCCUGCAAUUGGAGGGUUCUUGACUCAUAGUGGAUGGAAUUCGACCCUUGAAAGUAUUAGCAGUGGGGUGCCAAUGAUUUGCUGGCCAUUCUUCGCAGAGCAGCCGACUAACUGUUGGUUUUGUUGCACCAAGUUGGGGAUUGGAAUGGAGAUUAACAAUAAUGUGAAGAGGGACGAAGUUGAAGCCCUUGUAAGAGAGCUGAUGACCGGGGAGAAAGGCAAAGAGAUGAAGAAAAGGGCCUUGGAAUGGAAGAAGUUGGCUGAAGAAGCUGUUAAAAAACCAGCAGGAUCAUCUUAUGUGAACAUAGACAAAUUGAUCAACGAAAUUCUCCUCUCUCCUAAACACUAGGCAUUACUAAUUAACAGGGUUUUAAAUGUGAUUUUUGGAAAUGGGUUGAUGAUCCACUUCAUCCUAGAGUUGCAAAUCUUAUCCACAAUUUAAAGAUGGAAAAUGAUAAUCUCCAUCGUGAAAAGAAAGCUUUGGAGACAAGGAUGGUCAAUCUUGAAAAGUAUUUGGCAUCUGAUAUUGAAGAAAAUUGUGAACGUCUAGAUGUAAUUAGUGUUUCCAAUAGUGAAGAAGUUGUUUAAAGAUGGAAAAUGAUAAUCUCCAUCAUGAAAAGAAAGCUUUGGAGACAAGGAUGGCCAAUCUUGAAAAGUAUUUGACAUCUGAUAUUGAAGAAAAUUGUGAACGUCCAGAUGUAAUUAGUGUUUCCAAUAGUGGGGAAGUUGUUUUCGAUAAUGAAGAGGUUGUUGUCGAUAAGUCUUUGGGGCAUAAUAGUGAUGGAAAAUAAAAAUGUAAGAAAAAAGUCUGUAAAAUGUGGAUUGUGUUAGCUAUGUCGUGGUAUUUUUUUGCAGGAUUCAUCAC